CGAGCGGUAUGGCGAGGAGCAGGAAGCACGUUAGCCCUGACACCGUGAACGGAUCAUGGAUGGAUUUAUUUAAUUUCACAUAAAGUUUAUCAUCAUAUUGUGUUUGUGAACUUGUUUUGGGGAAACAUGGCCUGUUUCUUUAGAAGAAGAAUCGCAGCGAAGCUGGGCAGGACGCUGCAGCAGCCGGAGGAAGUCUUCAUACCAGCCCUGUCAGCUGUUCCCCUCUUUAAGAAACAGAAGACCGCCGACUUCAAACUGUCAAUCAACACGUUACGAGCCAAUGGCGUCUUACCAUCCGGUGGAGACAUCCAGCUGCAGACAGAGAACUUGGCCUCUCAGUUGAAGCAGGACAGUGUGGUGGAAGACGUAUCUGCUGAUCGUGGAACGAUCCACUUCACGUUAAAUCGCAAGCUCUUUGUCCAGAAAAUGUUGGAGCCAUUUGAAAAGCAUGGGGAGGAUGUAACGUUUGGGUUAGAUAGUGAACUUUUUGAUAAUCUCAAGAGAGGAACAACAUUAGUGGAAUACAGCUCUCCAAAUAUUGCCAAAAAAUUCCAUGCUGGACACCUGCGGUCUACAAUUAUUGGUAACUUCAUCGCUAACCUGAAGCAGUCCCUCGGAAACAACGUUAUUCGGAUGAACUACCUCGGAGACUGGGGUAUGCAGUUUGGUUUGCUCGGAGCUGGGUUUGGCCGGUUCGGAUGUCCGGAGAAAUUAAAACAGAAUCCCUUACAACAUUUGUUCGAGGUGUAUGUGCAAGUAAACAAGGAAGCAGAGCACAGUGAGGAGGUGAAGCAGGCUGCCAGACACUUCUUUAGACAGCUGGAGCAGCACGAGAGCGAGGCUGUGUCGCUAUGGCAACGCUUCAGGGACAUCACAGUGAGCGAGUAUCAACACGUUUACAAGCGGUUAGGGGUCCACUUUGAUAUUUACUCCGGGGAGUCCGAGCACCAAGCUCAAGCCCAGGAAACGGUGCAGCAGCUGAGGAGCAGAGGCCUGUUGAAAACCUCAGAGAAGGGAACUGGUGUAGUCGAUCUUUCCCCCGACGGAGACAUGAGCAGCAUCUGCACACUGCUCCGCAGCGACGGCACGACUCUCUACAUCACCAGAGACCUCGCUGCAGCCGCUGACCGAAAACAAAAGUACCACUUUGAUGAGAUGAUUUAUGUGACAGAUAAAAGCCAAGCGAAUCACUUCCACCAGUUGUUCCAGAUCCUCCUCGCUAUGGGACAUUCUUGGGCUGAGAGCUGUCAGCACGUUCCCUUCGGCCUGGUGCAGGGCAUGAAGACCCGGACCGGGGAGGUGGUGUUUCUGGAGGACGUGCUGAACGAAGCUCGGGCCAGAAUGUUACACAACAUGAGUCAAUCAAAAACGACGAAGGAGCUGGACGACCCAGAGGACACGGCAGAGAAAGUGGCAAUCAGUGCACUAAUAGUUCAGGACUUCAAAGGUCCCCUGCAGUCAGACUAUAAGUUCGACUGGGACAAGAUGCUGCAGGCGCAGGGAGACACGGGCGUCUUCCUCCAGUACACACACGCUCGACUCUGCAGUUUGAUACGGAGGAAUGAGGGUAUAGACGCGGCUACAUUCGAUCCGUCUCUUCUACUUGAGCGGACGAGCGUCACAAUCCUCCAGCACCUCCUUCGGUAUGAUGAGGUGUUGUAUCAGUCCGCCCAGGAUCUGCAACCCAAACACCUGGUCAAUUUCUUAUUGAAACUGUGCCACCUGAUCGCCUCAGCUCACAGGGAGCUGCCGGUGAGAGGAAGCCCUCAGGAAGUUGCACAGGCCAGGUUACGACUGUUCAGCGGUGCCUGCUCGGUCCUGGCCAGCGGGAUGAGGAUCCUCGGCAUCACACCGGUCCAUAAAAUGUGAAACUCGCCACAUAAUUUGUUGUUCUGUAAAUAAGGGCCUUAUGUUUUAAAAAAUAAAAUCAUCCGUCUUACA